AUGUCGCUACCAGCAGCAGCUUCUGCGAAUGCCGCCGCGUCGGCAAGGAGAAGAGGUCCUAACCUGAAUAUUGUGGUUACAUGUCCGGAGUGCAAAGUUUAUCCGCCCAAAGUCGCCGAACGUUUCAGUGAAGGUGACGUCGUAUGUGCUUUGUGCGGGCUGGUCCUUUCCGAUAGAAUAGUGGACACGCGGUCCGAAUGGCGUACGUUUUCGAAUGACGACCAGAACGGUGACGAUCCAAGUCGUGUUGGUGAGGCCUCCAACCCGCUUCUGGACGGUAAUCAUUUGUCUACAAGAAUUGGUCAAGCUCAGGGUAGCGAUGCCAAAGUUACUCGGGAAUUGAGCCGCGCUCAAAGUAAGAGUAUAGUCGAUAAGAAGGAUAAUGAGCUUCAAGCAGCCUACGCAAAAAUUACAAUGAUGUGCGACGCUGCGGAACUGCCCAAAAUUGUUAAAGAUUGUGCAAAGGAAGCCUACAAAAUCUGCUACGAAGAAAGAGCAUUGAAGGGUAAGUCUCAAGAAAGUAUCAUGGCCUCAGUAAUUCUAGUAGGAUGUCGGAGAGCCGAAGUUGGAAGAUCCUUCAAGGAAAUUCUGUCGCUGACAAACGUCAAGAAGAAGGAAAUUGGAAAAACAUUUAGUAUUAUAAAGAAUAUCUUGAGAGACAAGAACGCAAAUGGCUUUGCUAAUAUCGAUACAACUACAAUAUCAUCGGGGCAAACCUCGGCAGAGACUUUUAUUCCAAGAUUUUGCUCUCAUUUGGGACUUUCUGUACAGAUUGCCAACGCAGCAGAAUAUAUUGCGAAACAUUCAAAGGACAUCAAUGUUUUAGCCGGUAAAUCUCCUAUAACUAUAGCUGCGUCCGCCAUUUAUUUGGCGAUCCAGCUUUUCAAGGUCAACAUAUCAGCCACUCAAGUAUCUCAAACUUUACAAGUCACCGAAGGUACUAUUAAAGGUGGUUACAAAAUCUUAUACGAGUAUAGAGACAAGGUUGUCGAUCCUCAACUGAUUGCCUCAGGUAAGAUCAACCUGGACAGUUUGUCCAAGGUUAGUGAUAAGGCUGAGAGAGUUUCUGAAUAA